UCAAUGUAUUGUAGUUUUAGCAGGCAAUCAGUGGUUGAUUUGAUUUGUUGCCGUUGCAAAAAGCUUACCAAAAAAAAAUACACACAAAAAUAAACAGACUUUUGCUGCAAUUUUGCAAUGACAGGUACCUUACACACGGUGGGGUGCCUCCAUUAAAGACCCCUCUCUUUUGUUCUUCCUCCUUGGCUCUCUCUUCCUAGAGAAAGUUCCAAUUGUAAAUACAUAAGUAAAUACUUCUUUGGUUUUUCUGUUGCUGAAGGAAUUCAUCAUAUAUAAUCAUUGUCUUCCCUUCUGAGUUUUUCAAUAUUGUUUUUUCUGUUCUUGGGGUUUCCCUUGUAAAUAAGGUUUUUGUGCGUUAUAGUCGGCGACGUGAUCAUCAUAAUCUUCUUCUUCAUCAUUGCACCAUUGCAGCCCCUAAACGGUUCAGGUGAAAAUGCCGACAGGUUGUUGUGUUUUCCCAGCAUGUUUCUUUGGCCAAAAGGUUUGCAAAUUGCAGAGAAUGGUAAAUAAGAAUACUAGAUCAUCCAAGAGUCAAAAAGAAGGAAAAGGCAUGAAGAAGGACGGUUCAUCUCAACCCAAGGAUAAAAAAGAGGUGAAAUGUACAAUAAAGAGGGUUAACAGUUCACACCGGCACAUGAAUCAGAAACAAGAAUCAAGAGAAUUGAGGAAGGAGUGCUCAUCUCGACGCAAGAAUCAGAAAGAACCAAGAGAUUUGAGGAAGGACAAGGACAACUCAUGUCGACACAACAAUCGGAGGGAUUUUACAGAAUUCAAGAAUCAAUCACGUAAAGCAACUGGUAACUUCAUUUUAAUGAUGGAGCUGAAGAAGAAGAUCCUCAUCUUUAGAGACCUCAUUGACCUAUCACCUUGUAAUGGCUCUACUUCUGUAGAGCAGCUUAUGAUAGAUACAAUGAAAGAUCUACAUAAGCUAUAUCCCGAAACCAUACCCUGCAUCAGGCGGUCAGAGAUGAAGGGAUUACCUCUUCAUCAGGUUGUGAGGUACUUUUGCAUAAUAUUGGAAGCUGUUGGAGAACCAUCAAUGUUGAGGUAUGACUGUGACAGUAGCCAGCAUGACAACUUUGAGAAACAAGCUGAAAUUGCCGUGGCAUUUCUUGAUAGCUUGAUCAAGAUGGCAAAAGAGAAGUUCGACAUGGUAGAUGAAAAUGAAGGGAAGAAAGAUUUCAGUUCAAGAACCAAAACAUUUGGAAAGGUCUUGAAGGAGUCUUAUUCAGACAACAGCUCCUUCUUCCCUUCUCCAAUCACACCAACGUCAGUCCUUCCAGAAAUUUUAAAUGGUUCUCCAAGAUCAGGAGAUUCCUCACCUCUUCUUUUGUCUCUCAGAGUUCAAGCAGUGGGGAAAUUGAACCCAAUUGAUGUGAAGCGACUUGCAUUUCACAUGCUGCCCAAUGUAGAUGCUCAUCAAAGCAUUUUGAAUGAGAAGAACAAUGUGGUAGAGGAGCAAGAUGAAGAAACAAAGAGCACUUCUGAAUUGUUAAGUUCUCCCAUUUCUGAUGACAGCAGAGAUCCCAGCUCUCAAAUUGAAACACCAAUUCAUCCAAUUUCUACGACUCCAGGGACAAGUCCUACGUGCUCAGAAACAGAAGAAGCUACAGAGUCACCACUAACACCAUCCAAGUUAUCCGUAGAUAUGGAAUUACAAGUAAUAUCACCACCUUCACCACCCUCAAUGUUGCCACCAAAUGUAAGGACAGCAGGGCUACCACUACCACCACCACCACCCCCACCACCCCGUCCAAUGUUACCGCCAUAUAUGGCAGCAAGAAGACUGUUGCCACCGCCAACACCACCACCCUCUCCAUUGUUGGAGCCAAAUGUAUAUGCAACUGAACUAUCAUUGCCACCACCAACACCACCGCCCUCUCCAAUGUUACAACCGUGGUUAGAGGAGGCAACAAAACUCUCACUGCCAUUGCCACCACCAUCACCCCCAAUUUCUCAACCAAAUGCUGCAGGGAUAGCAACAACAAAACCAUUGCCGCAACUAAGGCGAUCACCCCCAGUGUUGCCAUCAAGAGGACAAACAUUGCCACCCCCUCCCCCUCCUCCACCAAUGGCGUCUGAUGCAGCAGCAAAAAGUGGACCACCAACCCCAUCACCUAUGGUUCCUUCAAAAGGUACAGGAACAUUGCUGCAACCACCAUCCAUGCUAGCUGCAAAGGAAAAUGCUACACCACCGCCUCCUCCGGCCGGGAGAUCCUUGCGGCCCAUAAAGGCAAAUACUAAAUUGAAGAGAUCAAAACAUAUGGGUAAUCUGUAUCGGGUACUUAAGGGAAAAAUGGAAGGAAAAUCUCUACCAGGUAAAUCACACGGGAGAAACCCCUCAAUUGGAAACUAUUCUGCUGGAAAGCAAGGAAUGGCUGAUGCCUUGGCAGAGAUGACGAAGAGGUCAGCAUACUUCCAGCAAAUUGAAGAAGACGUUCAGAAGUAUGCACAGUUAAUCACAGAGCUGAAAUCUGCAAUUGAUAACUUCAAAUCAAAGGACAUGGCUGAGCUGCUUGAGUUCCAUCAACGUGUAGAAUCCAUCCUGGAACACUUAGAAGAUGAAACACAGGAAAGGAAAGAAGCAAAGGCAGAGCAGACAGAAGGAGCUAACAUCAAAUCUGAAGCACAAAAAAAGGGAUGUAUCAAACAUCUUUGGAGGACUUUUCAGUUUGCAUUUCGGGUUUAUACAUUUGCAGGAGGAAUUGAUGAACGUGCAGAAAAGCUGACCCGAGAACUAGCUCGUGAAAUUGAGAAUGAUCCUCAUCACAAUUCUGUAAUGUAACAAACAUUAGUACAUCAACACUGAAAGAUCAACUAAAUCGUCCUAAAUUUUUUGGAAGGGAGACCUUCAUGUAAAUGCUUCUUUUGUCUAUUAAGUUAAUUAACUAGAGCUAUAGUUUAGUACUGCUUCAGGAAUUUCAAGCAGUCUUUGGAGGAACCAUAAAAAGCUCCGUCCACC